AUGAGUAUCCUCAAUGUGUCAACUCUCAUGCUUCAUAUUGCCCUGACUGUCUAUACAGAAGCAGAGAGAAAUGCUCUGAAAGAACAUGUCUAUCCCAAACUCCGAGACUUCUGCAGGGAGAACUAUGGCAUUGAAUUCCAGGUCGUGGACCUGUACUGGGGAAUUGAUCCAGAGGAGUGGGACAGUCCAGAGCUGCAGAGACUACGGAUGAAAUUACUGGAAGAAUGUCUAAAGACUUCAGCCGGUCCAUGCUUUGUUGGGCUCAUUGGAGAGAAGUACGGCAGUAUUCGGGUCCCAGGGGAGGUGGAGUCGGCUGAGUUUGAGAUGAUUUUGGAUGCGGCGGUGGAGAUGGAGUCAAGCAGCGUAGCAAAAUCGAAGAACGACAAGGCAUGGAGGGCAGUCUCAGAGGAAAUCAAGAGGAUCUUCAGAACCUCUGUUUUACAGCUGCAGGAGAAGGGGACCAUGAAGAGCGGUCAAGCCAAGAAAUUUCUUUGCUCGGCAUUAGAGGAUGAACUGGAUUUUGCAUUGGGCAAGCAGACCCCAGCCUUCCUCAAGAAAUGUGUAUGUUACAUCCGGAAGAUAUCCAACUUUGACCGUUUCGCUAAACUCCCCGAGAUGGCCCGCUACAUGGACAUCGUGGUGAGCGCCGACCGUGUCAUGAGAAACCAAGAAGCCUACGAGCGUCUUCUGAAAGUCAGAGACGAGUUCAUUCCAAUGGUGGUGGCAGCAUCCAAUCUUCGAGUCUACUCUUCCGUCACUCACUGUGACAUGAAACUUGGCUACUCGCAGGAAGUAGAGAGCCACUACGUCGAAGGUCUGUGCAAACAGUUUUAUGAAGACAUGGUGGAUAUCAUCCAGGCCACGGUCCAACAGAACUUUGACACAGAGACAGAUACGCUCUAUGAUGAAAUUAUACAGCAUCUUUCGCUGUGCAAGACUUUUUCAUCUUUUUAUGUGUACAAGAGUGAAGCCUUGGACAUAGUCCAGGAGUACCUGUACCCCUCCAAAGGUGGUCGAAUAACCCCCCUAGUGGUGUAUGGAGGACCCUGCACUGGAAAGACAUUGUUACUUGCUGAAGUGGCAAAACAGGCUUAUUCAUGGCUACAGAAAGAGAUGGGACCAGAAACAGACCCAGUUGUCAUUGUCAGAUUCAUCGGCUCCUCAGACUUCUCUACUGACCUCCGCACGCUGCUACAGAGCAUCUGUGAGCAGAUUGCCAACAACUAUCGGUGCCUGAUUCACUUCUUACCAAACAAGAUCCAGGAGAUGAGGGAGCUGCUGGUGAAUUUGCUUGGGGAGUCAUCAUUUCACCGACCUCUUGUCAUUAUUCUGGAUGCCUUGGAGCAGUUGUCAGAUGUUGACGAGGCUCGGAAGCUGUGGUGGCUGCCUGUCCACCUGCCACGUACAGUCCGAAUUGUAGUGUCAACCCUGCCCAACAAGCAUGGGAUACUCCAGAAAUUACGCAGCCUGAUACAUGACGAGGAUGCCUAUGUUGAAUUGAUGCAAAGAGACCGCAAAGCUUGCAGUCAGACACUUAAACAGCAGCUUCUGAGUGUCAAAAGGAAGGUGACCUCUGGCCAACAGAUAUAUGUGAAUGAGGCAAUGGCAAAAUGUACACUCCCCAUGUUCGUCAACCUCAUCUACCGAGAAGUAGUUCACUGGCGGUCGCACAAGGAUGUGGAUGACAAAUCACUGUGUUCGACGGUGCACGAAAGCAUUGAGCAGCUUUUCUACUCCAUUGAAAACAAGCUUGGCUCACGCUUUGUCUUUCGGGCACUGGGCUACAUCACAAUGGCACGGGCAGGCCUAACAGAGCUGGAGCUAGAGGAUAUCUUAUCUUUGGACAACAGUGUCCUUGGAGACAUCAUGGUGAGCUCUAAUCUUAAAAGCCCGCUGCGUAUUUCUUACGAUUUCAUAGCCAGGCUAAAAGAAGAACUUGAAGGUUAUUUAGUGGAGCGUCAAGUCCGUAAUGUAACGCUAAUGGUGUGGGCAAAUCGCCACCUGCAUCUUAUAGCACAGAAGCUAUACCUCAGUAAUGAAGAAGAUGUGCAUCAAAUGCAUAGUCUUUUGGCUGAGUACUUCCUCGGGGCAUGGGCAGGUGGUAGAAAGAAGAUAUUCCACUGCGACAAUAAUCACUUUGCCUCACUGAAUAUCUCACACCAACGAAACCCUCAUCACCAGCAGAGCCUUCAUGGCCAUGACAAAGCUUCUGCUGACAAGCACUCUUAUGACAGACAGACACCCGAACAACCCUGGGUGUUCCAGUGUAACUUGCUAGAGCCGGACAUCUUCUUUGUCAACCACCGAAAGAUGACAGAGCUCACAUACCACCUGACAAGGAGCGGCCGGACAGAUGAUCUCAUGUAUGGUGUCAUAAUGAACUUCAGCUGGCUCUACACUAUGAUAAAGAUAGGGCAUUUUGACAAGGCCCUGUCAGACAUUGACUUAGCUUACAGCUACACGCAAGAAAAGGAGCUAAAGUUUCUCGCAACUACACUCCGCAGUAUAAAACUUAAAGUGACAAAGAAUCCUGCAUCACUGUCUGCUGAACUUCAGCAAAGGCUCCUUCCAGUUGUCACAUCUCUUCCCAAGCUCAGACACCUCCUUCUUGAAUGUGACAAGGAUGGUCCUAAGUACUGCUCCAUUGUGCCACUGCACUCUUCCAUGGAUGUCACCUACAGUCCCGAGAGAUUACCGCUAUGUUCUAGCUACAUGCAAAUAGUGGAGAUUCUACCUACAUUAGCUCCAAACAUAGUCAUUGUGGCCCUCGAAGACGGAUCAGUCAGCACGUGGGAUGUUGAGAGCAGACAGCUGAUAAGACAAAUAGACACGGCGAGGUCGGUUGUUCUUGGCAUCAGGCUAACCACAGAUGAGAAGUAUCUGGUAGUGGCCACUACAAAAAAUACACUGCUCAUUUACGACAACCACAAGUCAUGCUUGUUGUCGGAGGUGGAGGUGAAAGGGUCCAAGCACUGUGGCAUCACUGGCGGAGUAGCGUUCAUCAGUGGAUUCACCUUGUCCAGCCACCAUGCCUUAGCUUGGCUGGAGGCAAGCAAAGAUGUCAAUGUGAUUGAUUUGCUCUAUGGCUGGCCAUUGUAUCAGUUCCAUUGCUGGUAUGAGGUAACCUGUGUCCAAUGUUCCCCAGAUGGAAUGUAUGCUUUCUGCGGACAGUAUCUCAACACAACCACCAUAUUCCACCUCGGUAGUGGGGACAAGCUUGCUACAAUGACUUCUGAAUUCUCUGGUGGUUUUGUUAAGUCCAUCCUGAUUCUAGACACAAUCCAUCAAAUGGUGAUGAUCGACAAUGAGGGCAGCCUCUCUGUGUGGAACACCAAAGAUAUCACAAAUCCUAAGCUGAUGGAGGAUUAUGACUGCAGAGGAGAUGAUAGUGAAGUGGUGGGCAUAGAGCUUUCUGAGGAUCAGCGAUCCAUCCUCAUCUGCAAAGCGAGAAGCAUUGAGGUGCUGGACACCAAGAUUUGGAAGAUGGCAGAGAAGUUUAAGGCCAAGCGUAGCGAGAAGUUUGUGGCAGCCGUUCUUUCCAAGAAUAGCCAAAGUAUAAUAGCUUCCAUGGAGAAUACAUCAUCCAUAUUUGUGUGGCGGAGAGACAGUGGACAGUGCAUGGCCAGCUUGAUAGAGAUAUCUGGAGCCAUAGUAAAACUGAUCAAAUCAACACACCAUAACUUGCUGCUGUCUGUGGCCAGCAGUGGCGUACUUUCCGUGUGGGAUAUUGACAUUAUAACAGCCAUGUCAAACAUUGAUAAAACUGGGAAACCUAUCCAAAGUCUGCAGCUCUCUGGCCGAGAGGAUUUUGUGUACACCAUGGAUGGGUCAGAGGUCAUCCACAAGUGGAACUACAGCACAGGUUUCAUUGAGAUGGUGUUCAAGCAUGAAGGCCUUGUCGAAAACUGCGUCUUGACAACAUCGGGUGACCUAAUGGUGACAUCUGAUGAUAAAAGUAGUCAGUACAUCUGGCAUACAACCACAGGUGAGAAUAUAUUCCAUAUCAAUGGUCAGAGGAUCUCACAGCUUCUCAUCACACACAAUGACCAGUUUGUAGUGUCCCUUUGCGAACAGAAUGCCUCCCGCGUUUGGAGGCUUGCGACUGGUCACAAGGUGUGCAACAUUUUGGUAACACUCCAGCAUGCCCUCAUUACCACAGCAAACACAUUCCUUGUGGGAGCCAACAAGAAUAAGCUGUUGGCUGUUAGCUUGUGGUCAGGCAGUGUGUCCAAAAAGUUCAUCUGUGACGAUGGGAUCACAAUUGUUAACUUCAAGUUAAUUCCUGACAGUCCAGAUUAUGUCGUCUUCAUCACCUCCACAGAAACAGUUUUCAUCUGGAGUGUUGCAGAUGAGUCUGUGUGCAGGCGGGUGCAGCUGCCUAGCAACUUUUUGAAGAACCUGGAGGAUUUCCAAAUAUCACCAAAUGGGAAAUUGGGCAUUAUGUCAAAAGGUGAUGAGAACAUUAAUGUCCUAGACCUGCACAGUGGUAAACUGCGUCUGGUCCAUGCUGCUGGCAUAAUAUGGCGGCAAAAGCUUUCACGAGAUGGACGCUACUUAGUGUACAUCUGUUUCCGCAAUUGUGACGAAGAUGAUGAUGCAGGUGUGGUUUCAAGUCUGAUUGUCAUGAGAUUGGCAGAUGGCAAGAGUAUCGGGACCUGCUCCCUCUACAAAACACCAACCUAUCUGUGCCUAUCACAGCGAGCACUUAACAUCAUAGUGGGAUUUGAGGAUGGCAGCAUUGGCACCUACACAGUCGUAGACCGUGUGGAUGCCGCUCUGAAAAUCAAGAUCGCCACCUCAAACAGUCGCCAAAUAGUUAACAAUGCCUCACAGAAAGUACGACCCAAGUGUAGCACCAAUGCCUUCAAGACCAUUGCUGACUGUGUGUGGAGAGAAUCCACCGAGGUCUUCUCACGGGACAGUCCUAUCAAUGUGUCUGACAGUGGAGAACCAGAGACAACAACACCCACAAAGAAAACUGAACUGCUGCAGUGAGAGCGCCCUCUGUAGGACAUUAGCAGGCAUGAAGGAACAAGGCCAGAUUUGGACACAGGUGAUUAUUGUUUACAGCAACUUUGAUUCAGCUGCACAGAUCAGUUCUCUGGGUAACAACACAGCAACUGGCCAUUUGCUAUUAAGCUGCACUUAAGCUGCAAUCAGUUACCUUGAUUUCUUUUAUCCAUCAUCAACUUACUGUCAGAUGUGUACACUGAAUUUAAUAGGAACAAAUUCAUAACAAAUGUCAUUCAUUGGAAAAGCAGAUCCAGUCAGCUUUAUGAUAUGUUCUUCCUUCUCAUGUGUAUGCCAGUGUGGCCGUAUAGUUCAGAUUUUGUUUAGUCAAAUCAAGCCAUAACAUCACUUUGUACAGAAGCAUGGAGAAAUGUAAUAGAUUUGUAGCCAUAUAAAAGUUGCUGUCAUUUUUUUGUUUUUAAAAUAUUAAUUUGUGUCUGUUUAUUAACGUCCUCUGGUACUGUACUAAAAUGGAAACUUAUGUACAUAUGUGUACAUAUGUACUUUGGCUGCUGCAGUUUGUGCAACUACUUAAAUAUAUGUUAUGUUGUGCUAAAUGCAAUCAAAGUGAGUGCCUGGAUUUUAACAUUUUUGUUACAGAAACUGAUUAAGAAAAAAUGCAGGGAAUUUCUAAACAAAAAUAUAUUGAUACAACUAUUCAUCAUUACGGUUCAGCAUACAAUGAACAUUUAGCAUACAAUAAAUACAAAUUUGCUUAAUUUAAAAUUACAGCAUCUAAAUGAGGAUCAUUGGAAAGUAUAUUUCAGUAUUCAGGUAUUCAGAGUAUAGUCUGGAGUCAGCAUGAGCUUCUUAGUAAAUUCAGAAUGUGUUCUAGACUUUCUCUGACCAAAGUCACAUGGAAGUCCAUAUGUGUAAUUUGCUCUAAAUGACAGACAGUAUUAAACCCAUCCUCAUAUUUAAUUCUAUACCAAUUCACCAAUUACUGUCAUGAUACUGAUACUGAGAAGGUCAUCCUCUGACUCGACUAAAUCCAAUAGAUUAAUAGUAUUAAUGGCAUUACUUUUAAAGAAUGUGCAAUUCAUUGUAUCAAAGGACGAUACAGUUGUAUCGAGCUAC